GGUUGUCCCAUCACUAAAAUAAAAAUAUAAAUAAAAAAAUAUUUUAAAAACUACGCUUUAUUAUUGUGAACACUUCUAAAGACGGUGCUUUCUAUAAACAGUUGACUACAAAAUGGGUCAACUUUCUUUUGAGGAGGAUUGCUUAGUCCGCGAGCUGGAUAGUCGAUAUUAUGGCUUUCUGGACUUGUCAAAAUCAAAAAAUUCGGAAAUUAAAAGUCUGGUACAACAGACUGUAGCGAACUUUCAAAAUUACAUUGCUAAUGGACAAGCGCAUGAAAUGAAGAACGCACUUGAUAAUAAAAAUGUUAUACAAAAAUAUGACCCUUCAAAUGUAGUAGUUGAACAUAUGGAAAACACGUCGUCACAAAAUGAUGAAGACACAAAGAUUCUUGAUAAAGAAACUAAUGAAAAGAAUUUCAUCUGUGAUGAAAAACCACAAGAUGAACAAUACGUUAACGCUCUUUGUAAACUUGGUCACCUGCAUCUUCUUCUUGGAGAAUACUCUGAAGCUUUAUCUGCGUACCAGAAGUAUUUACGAUUCCGAGAAAAUAAUUACUGGACAAACCAUGCAUUUAUUUAUGGAAUAGGUGUCGCUUACUUUAAACUUCGGUGCUUUAAAUGGGCCAUAAAAUCAUUUCAGGAGCUUUUAUACUUAAGUCCUAACUUUACAUGUGCAAACGAAGUUCAUUUGCGAUUAGGUCUUAUGCUUAAACAUUGCGGGGAGUUUCACAUUGCAUUAAAACAUUUGCAACUGUCGCUGCUUUAUACAUAUCCUUCGACGUUUUCGGAACUUCAAGUAAAAUUUCAAAUCGCGCAUUUGUAUGAAGUCCAAAACAAGCACAAGGCAGCAAAGGACGGCUAUGAAUUUCUUCUAAAUGAAAAAAACAUUUCAUUGGAACUAAAAGCAGAUGUUUAUAGACAAUUAGGAUGGAUGUACCACUGCGUAGAAUGCCUAGGCGAAAAAAAGGAACGUGAAGCAAACGCAUUAAAUUUUCUUCAAAAAUCAAUUGAAGCUGAACCCAAGAGUGGACAAUCAUUAUACUUACUAGGAAGAUGUUAUGCCGGCAUCAAUAAAGUCCACGAUGCUUUCCUAGCAUACAGAAACUCGGUGGAGAAAAGUGAAGGCAAUGCAGAUACCUGGUGUUCCAUCGGCGUUUUAUAUCAGCAACAAAAUCAACCAACAGACGCACUUCAGGCUUAUAUAUGUGCAGUGCAAUUGGAUAAAGACCAUAAAGCCGCAUGGACCAAUCUGGGAAUACUUUAUGAGAGCUGUGGUCAAUUACGAGAUGCCUAUGCGUGCUAUUUAAAUGCAACCAAACAAAUAUCAUUCCAGAAGUCAUCAUUGUUACGAAGGAAACAAGCAAUACGCAUGAAAAAGGACACGAUUGGACUGUCGAAAGGCCUUUCUCAGAGAAUAACCUUUUUAGAGGGCCAGCUUAGUCAAGCACCAUUGCCCAGUAUUACAUCAAAGCGCCGCACAUUGUGUUCAAUUGAAGAAGCUUGGAAUCUGCCAAUAUCAUUAGAAAUGAACUCUCGCCAACAACAAACAGCGCAGAUGCUUCCAAGACAAAACACAAAACAAAGUCCAAUACAGGGGCCACCACCUCCUUAUCCGCACAGCCAACUCAGCCAAAGCCCUAUACCUGCGAAACGUAUUAAGGAAGAUGGCUCAGGCCAGCCAGAUUUAAUGCAAAACAAUAUUCAGACAUCUUCUCAACAUCAAAAUCUAAUAAACAUUUCAGAGACCUUAAGCCAGCGCAAUUUCAACACAAUGCCGGAGAGUAACAAGAUUUCGGAACAAAGUGUUUUAGACACUUUCGAUGACAUCUCAAAUGAUAUUUAUAAACAUAAUGAGACUAUAAAACUUGAGCGUUUAAGCCAAGAUGCGUUGAGUAACAAUUUAAAUGAGGACUCGAGGCACAAUAAAUAUAAUGGAGGAUCUACCUCCGAUUUAUCGACCACGUUCAAAAUACAAAUGGACUCAAAGCAGUUGAUGGCAGCUGUUAAACUGCUGCCGAUCGACGAACCGCCCGUACACUGCACUAUUUUGCAAGUGAAUGCUCCCCCGCCAUCUCCGCCCGAUUGCCCACCGCAAAAACUCACGAGGGAUCAACUCCUGCCACCCACUCCCUCUGUUCAUUUAGAAAAUAAGAAGAAUGCGUUCAGCCCCCAGUUGCAGGAGUUUUGCCUGAAACAUCCCAUUGCCGUUGUCCGCGGCUUGGCAGGCGCUCUGAAACUAGAUCUCGGUCUCUUUUCGACCAAAACGUUGGUGGAAGCCAAUCCGGAUCAUAGUGUGGAGGUCCGGACCCAAGUUCAUCAGUCACCCGACGAAAAUUGGGACACUUCGCAGGGCAAGCGAGUUUGGGCCUGCAUUUCCCAUCGGUCUCACACAACAAUAGCCAAAUAUGCCCAGUAUCAAGCAUCUAGUUUUCAGGACAGCUUGAAGCUUAUUUUACCGCAGGAUGAAAGCGAUAAGGGAUUUCCGGGCUCCCAAGCAAUGUCCGACUCAGACUCGAAGGACUCAGUAUCCAAUUCAAACAUUGUUUUAAAGCGAAAAAAACACAAAAUAAACAGCAAAAUGUUAAGAUUUGGCACCAACGUUGACCUCUCCGAUGAACGGAAAUGGAAACCACAACUAACAGAGCUACAAAAACUGCCAGCUUUUGCACGAGUUAUAUCUGCUGCCAAUAUGCUUUCUCACGUUGGCCACGUAAUUUUAGGCAUGAACACAGUUCAAUUGUACAUGAAAGUACCGGGAAGUAGGACACCCGGCCACCAGGAAAACAACAACUUCUGCUCAAUCAAUAUUAAUAUCGGUCCAGGGGACUGUGAAUGGUUUGCCGUUCCAGAUGCCUACUGGGGCGGAGUACACAACUUGUGCGAGAAGAACAACAUUAGCUAUCUGCACGGUUCGUGGUGGCCCGUCUUAGAAGAUUUAUACAAGGAGAAUAUUCCGGUUUACAGAUUUAUACAAAAGCCCGGAGACUUGGUUUGGGUUAAUGCUGGAUGUGUUCAUUGGGUUCAGUCGGUGGGAUGGUGCAAUAAUAUUGCGUGGAAUGUUGGACCAUUAACUGCCCGUCAGUAUUCUCUUGCCAUCGAACGAUAUGAAUGGAAUAAAGUGCAAGCUUUCAAAAGCAUUGUUCCGAUGGUUCAUUUAAGCUGGAACCUUGCAAGGAAUAUUAAAGUCUCCGAUACCAAACUUUUUGAACUGAUCAAAAUGUGUUUGUUGCAAACGUUGAAAAAUGUGUUGCAUAUACAAGAGUACGUUAAAUCGAAAGGUGUGGAAAUACGUUUUAAUGGCCGCGGGAAGAAUGAAGCCUCCCAUUAUUGCGGACAGUGCGAGGUUGAAGUAUUUAAUGUACUGUUUAUCAAAGAACAGGAGAAACGACACGUUGUUCACUGCCUAUCGUGUGCCCUUAAACUUUCUCCAUCGUUGCAGGGCAUUGUUUGCCUAGAGGAGUAUCGUUUAUCUGAGCUGCAGCGCGUGUACGAUUCGUUCACUUUACACAGAACCCAAGGACUAGCAUACACUCAGUAGUUGUAAUACGAGGAACCAUUUUUAAUAUUGCAGAUUUAAUAUAUAUGUAUAUUUUACAAAGUA